AAAAAGAAGAGGCUCUCUGAAAUUCACAGUUUGUCCCCAUUACCUCAAAUCACUGCAUCUUUUCGCAGUUUGUUCGAUCAAAUUUUGUUGAUUAUUUUAUUAUGUUUGAGCACAGUAACAAUACCGCAGCAUCAAUGAUGGAACCAGAAUGUGAUGCGUUUCCAUCGUAUCUCCGAGUGCUUCCAGAUCUCCGGGUUGUCCUCUGCACUACCCAUGGGUGUUGCUACACACGACAGUGGCUCUCCCGGCAUCUAUUAGAACAGCAUCGGUUAAAAGGUAGAAGGCGGCAGAGAAUCGAAUCAUCGAGUCGAUUGAACGACAUCGCUACCUCUAAUACCGAUGUUGUGCAGCCCCAAGAUGGUACUAACGAAAUUCGCGGGCUGCCGACCGUACUGGGCUUCCUCUGCCACCUUCCUGACUGCGACUUUCGUUCGACUAGCAGCGACCGGAUUCGAAUGCACUAUAAUAAAGUGCAUCAGUGGAAAGUUUUGCACCAAGGGGCUAUGCCAUGGAAUGAGGCGUACGUACAGACGCUAUUUCAGCAGACACAAAGCCAACAUUACUUUGCAGUAGUUCUGGCAGACCAGGCUCACCCGUCCGCUACCCCGCAAUAUAUAUAUCCCCGGGCCAAUGCACCAAACAACGCCGCCCCAGCUUCUACCCGCAAUGACGUUCAAUCUUCUCCCCCCACUGUUACUGAUAACGAAUUGGAUCAAAUGAUGAGAGAGUACCAUGCUGACCUUCAACAGGAACAAGAUUGUGUAGAGACUGCACGAGAUGUCUCCGAGCAUACGCCGUGGAUGAAGCGCACCGGUAUAUAUGCCCAUCUCUUAGGGCUAGAGCGUGAUGAACUCGGUCCUAGCUGUUACCUCCCUGGGGUGCAAGAGGAGCCGUCGUUAUUCCUGAUCUGUGAGAGUAUCGGACGGGUCCUAGAAAAAGCGAUGAAUGCCCUUACGCAUAACAGGAACAAAAUUGCCCAAACCCUCAGACGACAUGAAGCACGACUGCUCAAUACUUUCACGCGGAGGGAAAUCUCCCCCCUGGAUUACAUCACUCAACUGCAGAAUCCGAAGUCUCUUCAAACAUAUAUCGAAACUUGGCAGCGGUUGAUCUGCUACUGGCACCGAGUCGUUGAGCAGAGCCAUCUCCGAGACACGCUCUUUCAACCGAGUGAUCGACAGCUCGAAGCAUGGUGCAAGGCAACCGACGCCGCGAGCGAACUCGCCAGUCCAACGGACCCCGAUCGCGACGAGGCUUUCCGUGACAGACUCGAUCGGGCUGUUCUCGAGUUUAGCCUUGCAAUCAUCCAACACUCUGUGCCACGUCGUAAGUUUGAUUCUGUCCUUGUGUCGUAUGCUGCUGUGCGCUUUUGGAGCCAUAAGCAAGGCUCGUGGAUGCCCGUCCGGAACUAUACAUCGAUUCUGUCGCAGUUGAUCUACGACUGCCAGAUGGUGGUACUUGCCCAGGUGCUAGCGAUGGCAGGGGAUAACGAUAAUGCGGACAUUGGUGCUAUGAUCGUUGAUAUUCGGGACCAGUGGCUGUUGAAUGACACGGAUGGUCCCGUUGUUGAAUUGCUAGAGAAUUGGGUACUCUCCUUCCGGAUCGGUCAGACCGAAGUUCAACCGCCACAGAUCCACUGGCGUGCCGAUGGAGAGACACUGGUAUGGUCGGAUGUGAUUCUCCACCUCUCAGACCUCCAUAGGAUCAUCUUCGAAGGGGUUGCGGAUGCUCGGCGAAUUUUUGACGAAGAGCUAUGCCUGAGUAGCCGGUCUAGUCCUGCAUGUGAUAUUCCUGGUCUGGAUCUCAGACUUCUCGUCGACAACUGGGGUGAUAGAAAGCACGGCCAGUCGUUCCUGACCGAUUCGCGGAACGCAGCCUAUGUCGACCCGCUUAACGACUGGGUGUACUCUCGUGUAGAGAAGUCCCAGGCGUUGUACGACACCUUCUGGUUGGAGACGGACGCGAAUACCUGUGUAGUACGCGCAGAUGCCGUGCAACAGUAUGAGGAUGCGGUGCAGCGGUUUCUGCGCGCUCUUAUGGUCCCGUUUUUCCUUGGGUCCGGCCAGCAGGGUCGACAAACCGACUUCAUUGGUCUUAAGUGGAGGAAUACUGAUUACGUCCCACGAAACCUGUUUCUCCUUGGCGGGCAGAUGUUGUUUACCCUCUCCAACCGUAUGGACCAAGCGAGGGAAAGGGUCUUCUUUAUCUCCUUCCUUGUCAGCUCCCUGGUAUAGCUUACACUGUUAAAUAUAGUCUAGUUUUUUAUAAGAGCGCUCAGUGCUCAUGUUAAUAGCUUACACUGGUAACUACAAUCAGUCUUUU